AUGACUAUCCGCAAACAGUACCCUGCUCGCAACUACGAGACUUUCCAUGACGACGCUGAUGACAGCGUCACACAGUCUCCCACCUCCUACCGGCGAGGAGGGGACGAUGACAAGACCCGAUCCGCUGCGGCGGAGGCUCAACGACUUGGGUCUCAAGGCUCAUGGGCUGACAAUUUCGCAGGCGGCACUCCCGCCACCAACCAAACACCAGCAGCUUCAACCGUCGACGGCGACGAAGUGAGGGAUCUCAGAUAUCAGCACUUCUCGUCGGAGGGAGAUCCGUCGGAUCCUCCUCCAGUCUACACUCCCUCCGCCAGCACUCAGGUUGGGUCUCUAUCGCCUGCAGCAGCACCGGCGUCUCCCGUGGCUGCAAGAUCGAACCUCUCUCCAGCAGUACCAGAGCCAGUAAGCGCUCCUGCCGCAGCGUCCUCUUCUUCCAACCCACAAUCCCUCCCAUGUACAUUCCCAGACAAUGAUGAAGAGGGGGUUCCAUCAUCCUCGCCCGAGUCUGCUCGGCAUAACCGUCAUUCUCGACAUCACCACCACCAUGAUCACCACGAGCACGAAGAAGAUGCAGACUCAGAUGGCCUUCCCGUUUUCCUGCAACAGCACUCGCGGCGGAAUCGGCUAUGGUUCCGGCGCGGUUCUAGAGGAGGGCGAGGCUGCCGCGGACGCCGGCAGGCUAUACGACAGGGCGACCGUCACAAACAUCGAGCCCGCCGAUUCAAGCGGAUAUGCUUUAUCUUCCUGGCCCUUAUUGCCUGCCUGUGGCUUCUGAUCCCGGGCUUAUGUCGAUCGCUGAAGAAUGAUGGACGGUACCAGCUCCCGAACCUUGGUCCACGCCCCUCGCAAGCACCCUGGCCUCCGCCAGAACGUGAACAUCGUGAGCACGAGACAUCCCGCUCUAUCAGCGGCACCUAUCAACUCUACGAUCUGCUCGAUCUUUCGACCACAGCUGGCAGUAUCACGGUUAACGUCGAGGUUCAGCCUGGAGAGAAACCAGCAGUCCUUCGUCUUUCAACGUUUUCAGGCAGUGUCAACGUCAAAAUGAUUUCUGGAGGCGGGCUUUUCUCGAAGCCCACCGUUUCGGACGCCGCGAGAUCAAGGACAUUGGUGACGGAGAUCUCUACGAAGGCCGGUAGCGUCUCUGGCAGCGUGGUGCACGGCAACGGCGGAUCAACUUCCAUCUCCACAUUGUCCGGGUCCAUCUCAGUGAGCAUAUUUGCUGUUGGCGUCGCCGAGACGGAUCCGGAAUCGACCAUCUCUACGACCUCCAUCUCAGGUAGCCAACACAUCAAGGUUGUCCCGGCCUUGGGUUCGACCGAGGCGAUCCGGGCCAUCGAAGCUAGCCACACUAUACGUGGGAGUGGAAGUAUGAACAUUGCGUAUCCCCUUGAAUGGGAGGGUAUGGUUCAUCUUUCGACCCACGGACACGGGAGCAUUGCGGCUAGCGGAACUGGACUGGUGGUCCGGAGAGAGAGUAGUCGUGAAUUGAAGGGGUAUAGAGGCGCGACGCAGGGGAGGAAAGUCGAAAUUUUGGAGAUUGGCAGUGGAAGUGUGAAGUUUUCGUGCUGA